GCGCCCGCCCCGCCCGGCCGUGCGCCCCGCGCCGCCGCCCCCUGCCCACAUUGUCCGGCUCGGGCGGCGCCGAGCCUCGGGACGGCAGGAUGUACCCCCAGGGGAGGCACCCGACCCCGCUGCAGCCCGGCCAGCCCUUCAAGUUCUCCAUCCUGGAGAUCUGCGACCGCAUCAAGGAGGAGUUCCAGUUCCUGCAGGCGCAGUACCACAGCCUCAAGCUGGAAUGUGAGAAGCUGGCCAGUGAGAAGACCGAGAUGCAGCGGCAUUAUGUUAUGUACUACGAAAUGUCCUACGGGCUCAACAUCGAGAUGCAUAAGCAGGCAGAGAUUGUGAAGCGGCUCAGCGGCAUCUGUGCCCAGAUCAUCCCCUUCCUGACCCAGGAGCACCAGCAGCAGGUUCUCCAGGCCGUGGAGCGGGCCAAGCAGGUGACGGUGGGGGAGCUGAACAGCCUCAUCGGGCAGCAGCUCCAGCCGCCGUCCCACCACGCCCCCCCUGUGCCCCUCACCCCUCGCCCGGCUGGGCUGGUGGGCAGCAGUGCCACCGGGCUGCUGGCCCUGUCCGGAGCGCUGGCCGCACAGGCUCAGCUGGCAGCAGCCGCCAAGGAGGAUCGAGCAGGCGCAGAGGCCGAGGGGCCCAGAGUGGAGAGAGCCCCAAGCCGGACGGCGUCCUCCUCGCCCCCCGAGAGUCUGGUGGAGGAGGAGCGACCCAGCGGCCCUGGCGGCAGCGGGAAGCAGAGAACCGAGGACAAGGACCUGUUGGGACCUUAUGAGAGCGACGAGGACAGGAGUGACUACAACCUGGUGGUGGACGAGGACCAGCCCUCAGAGCCCCCCAGUCCAGCUACCACCCCCUGUGGAAAGGCACCCAUCUGUGUCCCUGCCCGUCGGGAUCUCGUGGACAGUCCGGCCUCCUUGGCCUCUAGUCUUGGCUCACCGCUCCCUAGACCCAAGGAGCUUGUCUUGAACGACCUGCCGGCGGGCACCCCUGCCUCCAAGUCCUGCGACUCCUCCCCGCCCCAGGACGCACCCACCCCAGGGCCCAGCUCCGCCAGUCACCUCGGCCCACUGGCCGCCAAGCCCGUGCCGGCCACAGACAGCAUCGCCCUGAGGAGCCCCCUGGCCCUGUCCAGCCCCUUCACCACGUCCUUCAGCCUGGGCUCCCACAGCGCCCUCAACGGGGACCUCUCCUUGCCCAGCUCCUACGUCAGCCUCCACCUGUCCCCCCAGGUCAGCAGCUCCGUGGUGUAUGGACGCUCCCCCAUGAUGGCAUUCGAGUCCCACCCCCAUCUCCGAGGGUCUUCCAUCUCAUCCUCCCUGCCCAGCAUCCCUGGGGGAAAGCCGGCCUACUCCUUCCACGUGUCUGCGGACGGGCAGAUGCAGCCUGUGCCCUUCCCCUCGGACGCACUGGUGGGCACGGGCAUCCCGCGGCACGCGCGGCAGCUGCACACGCUGGCGCACGGCGAGGUGGUGUGCGCAGUCACCAUCAGCGGCUCCACGCAGCACGUGUACACGGGCGGCAAGGGCUGCGUGAAGGUGUGGGACGUGGGCCAGCCGGGCGCCAAGACGCCGGUGGCCCAGCUCGACUGCCUGAACCGGGACAACUACAUUCGUUCCUGCAAGCUGCUGCCUGAUGGCCGGAGUCUAAUCGUGGGUGGCGAAGCCAGCACUUUGUCCAUUUGGGACCUGGCGGCGCCCACCCCCCGCAUCAAGGCCGAGCUGACCUCCUCCGCCCCGGCCUGCUACGCCCUGGCGGUCAGCCCCGACGCCAAGGUCUGCUUCUCCUGCUGCAGCGACGGCAACAUCGUGGUGUGGGAUCUGCAGAACCAGACCAUGGUCAGGCAGUUCCAGGGCCACACCGAUGGUGCCAGCUGCAUCGACAUCUCCGACUACGGCACUCGGCUGUGGACUGGCGGCCUGGACAACACGGUGCGCUGCUGGGACUUGCGGGAGGGGCGACAGCUGCAGCAGCACGACUUCAGCUCUCAGAUCUUCUCCCUGGGCCACUGCCCCAACCAGGACUGGCUGGCCGUGGGCAUGGAGAGCAGCGGCGUGGAGGUCCUGCACGUGCGCAAGCCCGAGAAGUACCAGCUGCACCUGCACGAGAGCUGYGUGCUGUCGCUCAAGUUCGCCUCCUGCGGGCGCUGGUUCGUGAGCACCGGGAAGGACAACCUGCUCAACGCCUGGAGGACGCCCUACGGAGCCAGCAUCUUCCAGUCCAAGGAGUCAUCCUCUGUGCUGAGCUGUGACAUCUCCAGGAACAACAAGUACAUCGUGACCGGCUCGGGGGACAAGAAGGCCACCGUGUACGAGGUGGUCUACUAAGGACCUGGGGGGCCCCCUCCGCUGGCUGCAGGCCACCUUCUUCCCCGCUGGGGACGUGGGGGUCGGGCUUGGGGAAAUAAAGGUUUUCAUCCCUGG